UCGAAUCAGUUGCCAUUGAACACGACAUCCGACAUGGCUUUGAACACGAAAGACGGUAUUAGUAUCCGUAUCAUGACGGAGAAGGACUACGAUUCGGUGAAACCAUUCAUGCGAGAGGAGUUCUUCACGGCCGAGCCUCUGUCCCAGUCCACUGGCGAGCCGGUGCAUCUACAAAACGAGAAGGACAACGACGAGUACUACCUCUCUAUGAUCGCUCAGGGUACCUGUCUGUUGGCUACUGACGACAGCCGUGACGGUCGAGUGGUAGGUUUUGUUCUAGCCGGAGCCCAGUACCCCGAGGACGUUGAAAAACAUCGCCAGGAAGCGGAGGAACUCGAACAGCAUGCUUGGGGUCGCAUCUGCCGAUUGCUGUCGAAGGUCGAACGCGAAGCCAAUCUUUUCGAGCGGUUCGGAGUCUCCAAAGUACUCUACUCUCACAUCACUAGUGUGGAUGAAUCUACCAGGGGCAGGGGUCUGGGCUCGAGGUUAGCCGCCACUCUGAUGGAAGUCGGUCGCUCUAAGGGAUUCCCUCUGAUGGUGGCCUACUGCACCAGCUUUUAUUCCGCCCGUCAAAAGGAGGCCUUGGGGAUGGAGUGCAUCCACGCUGUGGCCUAUGCCGACUACAAGGACAGUCAGGGACGUCCUGUUUUUACACCAAAGCCUCCUCACACCCAUUGCCGUGUGAUGGUCAUUAAACUUUAAAAGGACAUUUUUAAAUAGUGGAC